AUGCGCCGCAGCGAUGCUGCGAUGCUCGACACGAGCGAUUCCGACGUCAGCCAGAGCCUCGACUCGCCAGCCAGCCCAGGUGGCGGCGGCGGCGGCGGCGGCGGAGAGGAUGGUGCCAGGGCUGGUGCCGGCGUUUCGACGGUGUCGUCGUUUCAAAAGAUGGCGCUCAAGCCCGAGGCGAUCCCUGGGCUGCUCGUGUACCUGCACGCGACCAAGCAGCACUGCCAGGAGGCGCUCGAAGGCCUCCAGGUCGCGGCUGAGCGCCUUUCGAGCCCGCGAGCGGCGGCGGACGAUGACUGA